AUGGCAGGUGGCGAUUCCUGGGAGAGAGCGCUGAUUUUGGCAGCGAUGUCGUCUUUGGCCUGUGCAAGGGCUGCUGCUCCCACGGUACGUGACUUGGCGAAAUCAGCUCGAAUUGCAUGUUUGAUGCAAAAGAGAAGGGAAAUCAGCCUCUCUUUGACAAGGGCAAGGACGUCCUGUUCGAGAUGCUGA